GUCACUAGCCUUACGUACCACGGGAUCGUGUUCUCGUUUUACGUCGGUACCGUGAAAACUGUAUUACAAGUAAUAUCGCAUAUUGUCUCGAGCAAAUUGUUUCCGUGAUUGUCAACCACGAUGUAAGAAUAAGAACAUUUUUUGAAAGAGAUAGAAAGGCAUAAAAAAAGCGAGAGAGUACAGCAGGGUUGAUUGACACGUCUCUUGUGAUUUUAUAAACUCUUCCAGUGCGCAGUAUUUUGUGCCUUCUAUUUGUUUUUUUCGAUUUCGACACUCGUUAUCUCGAUUCGAGAUUGUACCUCGACCGUAUUUUUCAAUUUGCGCCAUUCAUUCGAUCCGCGGUUGCAAUCAGAUUGUCAGAAAGAAAAUAAGUGAGGUUAUGAACGUGUCUGGCAAUAAUGCUACCCUUUGACGGUGCUAUUAAGUAACUUUCGAGUCGAAUAAAUGCCGCGAUUUACUCUGAAGUGCAUUUUAUGUUGUGAACACUAAAGUGCAUUCAUUGUUGUUAUGUGAAAGCAUGUAAUAGAAGGAAAGAAAUGAAGCAUUCAAAUGGAUAAUAUAUCGUCUUGAAUAGAAAAAAUUUAAUUUAAAUUAUAAAACAUGUCGAUACAUGCUCAGAUGGUAACAUGGUAGCUGUAAAUUUGGCAUACCUCAGAAGCGCUUCGUUAUUGAUGAUGUUUGUAUAUGUUUAAAUGUUAUAAAUGAAUCUCUAAGAGAAACAACGCAACGAUGGCAGAAAGUAAAGCAGAAAGCACAGAGUUAAAAAGAACUGUGGAUAAGAGGGAAGUAUUAAGUGAUCCAUCUACAUCUGUGAAAAAAUUGGAAAACAUGGAAACACAGAUACAAGACGCUUGUAAUAAAAAUAAACUAGAAAUAAAUGAUUCUUGUAAAAAAAACUUUAAAGUAAUUGAAUUAAAAGAGCAAAAUGCAAACGUAAGUAGUGAUGAUUCAUGUAAAACUGAAGAUCCAACAGUUGAGAAAGAAAAACAUCGAACAGAGGAGAUAAUAUUAGAUGAAGAGCUUAUGGAAAUAGAUAAUGUAACAGAAAAACCUAACGAAAUGGAUAAUUCAUCCGUGAAAGACAAAGAUGUUAAAACUGCCGCUUCAGAAGAGGAAGAGACAUUGAAUGAUAUAUUAAAGGUGGUACAUGAAAACUUGAGUUCUAACAAUGUUAAGCAAACUACAGUAGAUUCUAAGGAUUUAAAACAAGAAACUAAUAGCAAUGCAGAGGUAUUUAAAGAAAAAGUAGAAGCAGAAUCAAGCAAGGAAAAUGUUGUUGACGAAAUUACUAGUGACGAUGCAAGUGUUAUUGCACAAAUUGAAAGUGCAACAUCAAGGAGAGAUUCUGAGACAAAAGAGUCUGUAGAGAUAGUAGAACACAUGGAAGUUGGAAUUGUGGGACCUCCCACGACUGUUAGCGAAUUGAUUAGUGAAGAAGAAUUAAGGGAAGAAUCUGCAUUAUCGACUGAGCAGAAACUUCAGGACCAUGUUGCUGAGUGGGUUCAGAAUUCGGCUAAAGCUGAAGAAUUAGUCGAGGUAGAGGAGGAAACUUCUAUUUCGGAUGUUCAGCAGGAGAAAAAGAAUGUUAGGGAGAAGAGGACCAGGAAGAAGAAAAGUAAUGAUGUCAUUGCUUUACCUACCAGGAAAUCUCAAAGAAUCAUUAGCAACAUCAUCAAAAAGAGUAUUAAAUGUUUGAACAAGAUGCACGCGAUGGAAGGUGCCGCUGGAAACGGGAAGAAGGUGGAUUCGGCCGAGAAGACGAGGGAGGACGACACAACGUCGAGGGCCUCGCCGAAAGUUCCCCAGAACCAGCAAUCAAUGUCACUGUUGGAAAGCGAAUGUUUCCUUUCUGACUAA